AGCGGCAUCGGAAAUGGGCCGUACCAAGACGGAAAGGGAUGCUGGGAAAACCUCCGGGUGCAUUUAAGCAAUCCAAAAGCGCCUUCACAAAUCACACGACAUUUUCCGAUUAUCUAUGGCAACAACAAAACCAAACCGCGCGCAGUGGCCGAUGAACGGCGUGAAUUUGUGCUUUGGGUUGGGAAUCUUUUGCACCCUGUUCCCCUUCCGGUGAAAGCCGCGGUGUGCGCGUCCUGGUUGGGACUGUCAUCCUGUCUGACCGCCCGGUUUUCCAGAGAGGAGAAGUUGGCAGAGGGAUGUUCCGGCGAUGAUGGCGCUGCAGCUGAGGAGCGGUGAUGCUGCAUACUACCAGAGCGCAGAAUACUGCAGAAACUACACUUCACCGCCUGUCGGCUACAGUGACAGCAGCCAUUAUCUUGCACGAUUGCCAGGUCCGGACGCCAUGUUGAAGCCUCCUCUCAGUCUCUUCAGUCAUCCCCAACAGCCCUUCCACUACAUGGACUCUCUGCACCAUUUAGGACCUCCACCCAUGGCGCCCACCCAACCCCUCGGCCCACCACCCAUUGCUGCUACCCAACCAAUCGGACCCCCAACUCUUCCUCCCACUCAGAGUCUAGGGCCUUCUGCCCACACGUUGAGGCCUCCAACCAUUACUCCGCCGCACACCUUGGCCCCGCCUCCAAUGCCCCCAACCCAACCAAUGGGGCCUCCUACAAUGGUGCACACUCUAGUUCCUCCACCUGUAGAUCCAACACAAGCAAUCGUACCUCCAACCAUUGACCUCACCCAGCCUUUAGGUCCUCCACACCUCCCCCCAGCUCAAGCACUGGUCCCUCCACCUGUGGCGCCCGCACCCAGCCGCUUCCCGCCGCCCCCCAGCCCCUUAUCCUCGCCCCCCGCUCCAGACCCAGGCCCGUCACAGAUUACCCCACGGCCUCCAGGACCAGCACCGGUAUCCAGCUACCCGUGUGGGCCUCUGCCAGGCCAAGCAGCUCCUGCCAGCGAACAGCCCCAGGAUGAGGGCUCCUUGCUGGGGGUGGAGGAGCAGGACGACCCUCUGGGUCUGGAAGAACUGUGCAAACCUCUUUACUGUAAACUCUGCAAUGUUACACUUAACUCCGCUCAGCAGGCACAAGCUCACUACCAGGGAAAGAACCACAGCAAAAAGUUGAGAAAUUUCUAUGCUGGCAGCCAGCAGCCGCCUGCCAUCAGGAUACCAGAAGCCCUGGAGGGCGCCGGUCCGAACGCCGGCUCAGGAGCCGCUGAUGCUGAUGGAGGCAGACAGGCGCUGUAUAAAGGGGCGCCCCGGGUCAUCCUGGCCACUGAGAACGACUAUUGUAAACUGUGUGACGCCUCCUUCAGCUCGCUGGCAGUGGCUCAGGCCCACUACCAGGGCAAAAACCACGCCAAGAAGCUUCGCCUGGCGGAGGCCCAGCAGAACUCCAGCAACAUGGAAGGCAGCAAUGAGGGAGCGCCAAGAAAAAAUCGGAAAGAUGGCAACGAGUACCGGCUGGUGAAAAACCGCCGCAGCCCACAGCUGCCCGCCGCCGUGCCAGGGCCGUAUUACAACCCGAGGCCGAGGCAGCGCAUCCCCAGGGACCUGGCCAUGUGCGUGACUCCCAGCGGACAGUUCUACUGCUCCAUGUGUAACUGCGGCGCCGAGCAGGAGACGGACUUCCGGCAGCAUCUGGAGAGCAAGCAGCACAAAGCCAAAGUGUCGGAGCUGAGAUACCGCCAUGAGAUGGAGAACCUCGGCUACAGCUAGGAGGGCCGCAGGAAGAGCCGACCCAAACAGAUUCAAACGUCCAAAAUGGAGGCCAGAUCUCACCGCAGAUCAUCUAAGAUUUAAUUUCAACAUCAAAUCUAGACAGCAGCAUUUUAAAAAGUAUUACAGAAGCUCAAGUAGUAAAUAGUUACAUCUGUGGUUUCCUCAUUUAAGUUGUUUUGGAUCUUUACGCUGCAAAAACACAAAAAUCUUACCAAGUAAUUUUGUCCAGUUUCUAGUAAACUUGAAAUAAGAGAAAAUUAACUUACAAGUAACUUUUCAGCAAGAUAUACAAGUUUAAGUCAAUAAUUCCUUAAUUUUGAUGAAAAAGUUCUAGUUCCACUGGUAAAUAAAUUCACUCAUAAAAAGACAUUUUUCCCAUGUUAUAAGAGAAAUAAUCUGCCAGUUAAAGUAGGACUUUAUAUAUCAAUAUUAAGAAAAUUAUUUACAUAAAACAACCUCCUAUAUCUUGCUUUUUUCCUAUUUCAGUUGUACGAAGAUAUUUACACUAGUAAUUGGACUUGGUAAAAUUUAGGGUUUUUUUUGUCAGUGCCUAUAUGAUAUUUUUAUUUUAAACUGGUGAUUAGUGUUUAUCCAGAGUAAAACAUACUGAAAAAAUAGAUUUUUAUUUUAUUUUUUGCCAAACAGUUUGGAGAAAAUGAGAAAAAAACAAAACUAUAUAGUCAACAUAUGGAUAGGAAACAAAUGAUUCCUUUUUUCGUACUUUCACUGACCUGCUUUCCUUCUCAGAGUUGAGCAGGAUUAAUUCAGACUCAGGUUACUGGAGAGAAUGCAAAUGAAAUGCAAAUAAAUACUCGGCUUGUUCAGAAGACUAAUCACCAACCGGAAGUCUGCAGGAACAUUUAGUAACGAGACACGGAGCUAAAAGCAUCCAAGGGGAAUGAAAACGUGAUAAAAAAUAGACAGAACUCAAUCGGGACCGAAGUCAGCGGGUCGGGAAUAAAAACGGCUCUCCAGGUAUUUUUUAUCAGCUCAUCAGAGCCACAAAUUCAGCAUCUCUGCAGCCUGACAGAGGAGUUAAACCCAAAGCACGACUUGCUGAUUUCUCCUUUCAGAACCAACAAAAGCACAAUUAACUUUACAGGAGUGUUAAAUGAAACUGGGAGCUUUGGUUGACCUCUGACCUCUGUCGUUUGGAGGGCAGCUCUGGCAAUACAAUAGAAACCAAACUGUACUGUGGUAGAGCUUUUCUAUAAGUCAUAAUAAACCAUCCAGAUGUUAUGUAAAUAUAAAAACGUUUCAUUGUAGGUGUAAAUAUUGUAUAAAAAUAUGAAUCUUAUUUAUUCUUUAGUUAUUCUCAGCAUCUAAAGCUACAAUUAAUUUCUGACUCAGUAUGUUUAUUUAUUUUGAUUUUUUAGUGGAUUUUACUAAAGAAACUUUGGUUCCUUCAGCGUUUAACUAAAAGUUGCUAAAAGUCUCAGUUUGACUGCAAGAGGCGGAGAAUCAAAAACACUUUGACUGCAGAAAUACGAUGGAGAACCAGGGACAAUAAAAUAAAAAAACUACAAGAAUAAAGUUAUGAAAUUAUGAGAAUAAAGUGGAAAUAAUGUGACAAUAAAGUCGCUGUAUUACCAGAACAAAGCCAUAUAAUUUCAACUUGAUUCUUGGAUUAUUAUAGUGUUUAUAUCACAGAUUUAUUUUCAUAAUAUUCACUUUAUUCUCAUGUUAUUUCAACUUUAUCUUUGUACAACUUUAUUUUAAUAUUACAACUUUAUACUUGUAUUAUUUCAACUUUAUUGGUGUAAUAAAACUCCAUCAAGCAGCUGAGUGGUGGAGGGAAACAACAACAUUUCCUCACAGUGGAAAGAGUUUAAACUUUGAAUUAGUUUGUAAGUUGAGAAGCUGCUGCAGGUUGUUUUGGUUUAUCCAAGCAGAAAACGUCUCUGUGUUUUAUUAUAGUUUAAAGAGGCAGUGAGUGGAUUUACAGACUGUUGUGUUGUUCCUCUCGCUCCCAUGACUCACUUCCUGUCGAGUUUCUGUUUUUCCCCAGAAAGCUCCGUCCUAUAACUGGACGUAAAUGUGAUUUUCCUGUUUCUUUUUACCUAAUUUAAUGUUCUAGUUCAGCUGAGCUGAAGAAAUGCAUUCAUGAGGCAUUUUGAGUUCAUAGACUGAAAACUGUGCCUUUAAAUCUGGCUAAUAUGAAUAUAAAUGAUGAAAAAAUGUUGAUUAUUUGAUGCAAAAAGUUAAACCCUUACUGACAGGGUGACCUACAGAAAAGGAUUUUACUCGUGCAAAAACAUCAUCCUGUCAAAGUAAAAAUGAUUUUCAAAAAAAUAAUCUUUUUUUUCUGCAUACUAAUUGACCAAAAAAGUAAAAAUACAAGCAUUAUUAGUUUGAAAACAGAAAAAUAAAUUUGCUUUUCAUCUAAAUAAUCUGUAAAAUUAAGAAAGCCACGAUAUUACUAGAAUAAAGUCAAAAUAACAUGAAAAUAAAUUCAUAAUAUUAUAAGAACAAAGUCAUAUGAGAAUACAGUUAUAAUAAUAUGAGAACAGUCACAAAAUUACAAGAAUGAACAUUAUUUUCUCAUAAUCUUUGUUAAUGUUUUCUUUUGCGAUAGCCAAACAUUCAGAUUUUUAUUUUUAAGAGGAAAUUUAAAAAUCAUAAAUCAUUACCUUCUACUUUCUAAAUACACUUAGAGUUGAUCCCUAAAAUAAUUUCCUACUAAAAUAUUUUAAAGUUUGUGGCUGCAGUUUCACCAAACUGCCAAAAGCACAAAGGGUGUGAAUCACUUUUGCAGUUUGUUGUUUUACGUUGCAUUUUAUUUACCAACACAAACCUGCCCACAAUCGCACACUAAUAAUAAAAAACAGCUACGUGAGUGUUUACAUUAAUUACUAAAAUUUAAAAAAUCUGAUCAGAAAGGAGCAAUGAGGAUCUGAUGAAAGUAACCAGAUUUGGGAGUGAGACACGGCCUGUCAGGAAUGGCUUUCUUUUUGUUUAAACUUUAUUCAUUUUCCUCCUUUUUCCUAAAAAUAUAAUGGGCCUUAUAAAACAAUUGCUAUGAUAAGAUGAUUUAUUGCGCUGACAGAAACCAGAAUGGAAAAUGAGAUUUUCUCUCAGGGAAUCAGAAAAUGCAGGAUGACCAGAAACAAGAAAACAACCUUUAACUCACUUUGAUUUUUUUCAUUUACUUUGAAACCAAAUUUACUUUCUAGUGACUUGUGUGCAGUUUAACCAAAGAUUGAAGUUUCUUUGCCAGAUUUAUCUGAGCUAAGUUGGACCUCAAAGAGAAACUGUGUUAAUUAAAUAUUUACUUUAAGUUUGAUGUAAAAGAUAUUUUAUUAUUCAUUAUUUUUGGUUAAUGUGAGCAUUUAGAAAGAACAUUGUCUGUUUUGAGGUGUUAGAAGUCCUCAAAACAUGAUAAAGAGUAAAUAACACGCAUAUUUUUGAGAAGAUUUGGGAAAUUUUAACUGCAUCCCAAAUGCAGCAUGCAGUAAAUCUGUCAGUUAUUCUGCCUCCUUGUUCACUUUUAGAUUUAUUUUAACUUAAAGAUCACCUACAAUGCUCCUGGAACAAAUUAAGAUAUGUUUAUGGGCUAAAAAAAACAUCCUUAUUGCUUUUUUUUUAUUUUUAUUUUUUACUCAAAAUCAUUCUUAGAUCAUAAAAAUUCAGUCUGGUCUGUUCUGCAUAUUUUGAGUUCCUUCUUGAAUGAGCUCUGCCUGGGGUUGCUAGGUAACGGCAGAGCUCUGCCUGGGGUUGCUAGGUAACAGCAGAGCUCUGCUUGGGGUUGCUAGGUAACGGCAGAGCUCUGCCUGGGGUUGCUAGGUAACGGCAGAGCUCUGCCUGGGGUUGCUAAGUAACGGAAAAGUUCUAGUCGAAUUUGACUCAACAUUCAUAAGGUUUUUAAGACGGCUCAUUCUCCACACACUGUAAAACAUUGAAUAAUUGCCAUAAACAGCUGUGUUUUUAAAGAGCAGAAGCAUAAAUGGGAGAACAAAAAUGCAAAAAAUGUGAAUUUUGCAUAAUAGGUCCACAUGAAAUGUUUUCCAUUGUUCUCAGUGUCAGACUAACACAUAAAGUCUAAACUGAAAAUAAAACAUUUCCAGUUUUAUUUAAAAACAUCUUUUUUCAGGCUGUUUGCUGAAAACCAAACUUCUCCAGAUUCGAUCAUAGCUAAAAGUUUUUAUGUCGACGUUCAAUAGACAACUGCAAUUAUUCUUUAAUAUUUAAUCACUAAUUAAUAACCAAGACAUUAUAUCCAACAUUUACUUCUUCACUUAAAACAACAGAAAAAUCUAAACUAAAUUAUUUUAAACUAUUAAUUUAAUGUUAGUUCAUCUCAUUCAUUAAAUCUAUAAACCUUCAUUGCCUCAUUAAGACUGAAACUAUUUGUAAGUAAAGGACUUAAACUAUGGAGCUACUUUAAAGUGUGACUAAAAUAAUAAAAUUUCUGUACUUGUAUUUAAGAUUUUGUUGUUUUGUACUUGUGAAAGACGACAAAAAUCUACAGUUAAAAAUUCCUGUUAGAUUUUAAUCUCUGACUUCAACUUCACAGUUACAAAGCACAGAUACUUUUGUACCAAAUAUACUUCCGUACUGAACGGCCACAUCAGUGAAUGCUGCUUUGUAGUGCUGAAGAGUGCGUCUGGUCUCAACAAUAGGCUGCACAAAUAUUUUAUAAAGCCUGAUGUAACUUUUUUUGCCUUCUUAUUAUACUUAGAUAGAUCAUAGGAUGGGUAAUCACAAUAUGAAUUUAUGAAGUUGUUUCACUGUUAUUGACAUGCUGACAUGUUUCAAAAAUAAUGAGUUUAAAGUUAAACUUCAACGUUUUGUUGUACAUGACAGAAAUGCCUAACUGCUUUACUUUUUGUGCAUGAAGAAAGUUGCAGCUAUCGACUGCUGAAGGGUUUGUGAGAGAUUUGUAUUUAUUUAGAGAUAUUUCUGGAUAAAGAGGAAAGUUAGCAAAGCAAUUUCUACACUGGAUGUUUAAAAAAUGGGCACUAGUGUUCUACGGAAAGACAUUUUACCAUGUAUUGUUACUUUCAAGUGAAGACUAUUUUUGUCGAUAUAUACCUCUUAGCAAUUCUAAAUGUAAUGUUUACGAUGGUGAGCGGUUUUGUGCGUUUGUCCGUGUGCUGGGACUUUGGACUGAACCAGCCACGGCAGUCGGGCAGAAAGGGGAAGUUUAGCUAAAAAGAACAUCAUAAACUGUGAAACAUUUAAAAUGUUAAAACUGUUUGCCAUAUUGGAAGGGAAUCUGAAACCUAUUUUUGUCUUCUGUUUGGCAGAAUCUACACAUAAGAGUUAGUUAUUUUCAACUUGUAUUAGUUUAAAAGUUGCAGACGAAAUGUUUUCCACUCUGCUUGUCAUGAGGCACUUUAGUGUUUGAUCAUCUAAACGUCAAAAGAAGCAUAAUAACAUUGAAUUCUUUAAGUUUAAACUCUUUAAAAACCUUCUUCUUGUUCAUCAGCAUCAUAAGCAUCAACUUCACCAACUAUGUAGAGUUUUCUAAAAUGGGGUUAUGUUGAGGAUCAUCAGCAGUCAGCAUUUUACCAGAAGGAGAAUCAAAAAUUAGAAUUAAAAAGGCUAUUUUAUUAUUAAAAUUAGAUGCUUAUUUACAUAAAAGUCUAUAAGCACCUUAAGUAUUUAUUGUAACCCCAAAAUUACAUCCAUCCAUCCAUUUCCUGUAAACUCUUGUCCCUAGUGGAGUCAGGAUGGGGGCUGGUCAGGUCGCCAGUCUGUCGCAGGGCCCCAAAAUUAUAUAUACAUAUUAUAUAUAUAUAUACAUAUUAAAAAACAAAAGAAGAAACAAAAAAACAUGGCAUUCAAAAAUACAACCACUGCAGCAAAAUAUGGGUUUGUUUAAAGUUAAAUAAAUUGGCUUCUGGGUCACAAUGAGAACUUAAUUUAUUUCAAAACUUUUUCCAACAUCUUCACAAUUAGUUCUCAAUAAUAAGGUUUCAAUCUCAUAAUUUAGAUAAUAAUUUAAGAUACAAAGUUGAGUUUGUGACUUAAAAGCUCAAUCAUGAGAUUUGAUUUAAAAUGAUAAAUAAUAUUUCAAAGUAAUAAAGGCAUAAAAUACAGUUAUAAUUCUAAAGUUUUAAACAAUAAAUUAGAUUUUCAUUCAUAAGAUACAAAAUAAUAGUUGUGCAAAAUAUGGUGAUAUUUUUUAGAUUCUACUUCAAUAAUUCUGACUUGCAAAACUGGAAAAGAAAAAUUAUUUCAAAUUUUGAAUUAAUCAUUUUGAUUUCCAAAGUUAAAAACAUCGUUAUGAGAAAUAAGCAAACAUUAUGUGAUAUAAAAUCAGAAUUAUGACAUCUGGCUUUCAAAAUUUCAAAAACAUAAUUUAGAAUUUUGAGGGAACUUUUUAAAAAAUUUAAAACUCUUCAAUGGAAUUAAAAGCAAGUAUGAGAAAUAAAGUAAAAUUCUGUAAAAUAAAAUCAAAAAUAUGAGGUUUGACUUGCCAAACUGAAUUUUAAAGACAUCAUUUUGAAGUCAUUUUUAUAUAUAAAACUCAAAGUCAUUAGAACGAUUUGAAGUCAUAGGUUUGACUUUCAAAAUCAUAAUUAUUCAUUUCAAUUGCAUCAUUGUGCGAAAUAAGCAACAAUUAUUUUAAGUGAAAGCAGAAAAAUAAGAAUUGAAGUCAGAAUUAUGGGUUUCUAAUUCCUAACUGUGAGAUUCAGUAAAGUUUUAAAAAGGGAUGGUGAUAAUUUUCCAAACACAUCCCUCCUGUCUCACAUAGAAGCCGUAUAUUCUGGUUUACAGACACACUUCAGGAUCCUCCACCUCUGGUUCCUGCCCAGGGCCGUGAAUCUGACGGCUUCGCCCCUGCAGGGAUGCAGAUGAUGCUGUGAUCUUUGUGGAAAAACCUCAGCACACGUUUAGUGCCUCUGAACAGCAUUAAAACUCCAUUCUACUGUCUGAGUGAAGGCCUGGACGGCAGGCGCUGUAGUUUCUGUGAAUGCUUGUGUUUCAUGACAGAUGAAUAAACAUGCAGGCGAUAAAAACUGAGCUGCAGUUUUCAUCACUAGAGUCUCAUCUGGUCUCUGCUGUGGCUCAGCUCACAGCGCUGCAGGGGAAACAUGCAGCCGUCAGCCUGAAAGGAGCAAAUGUUCUCCAUCAUCUACUGUAAAGUUAUUUGUUAUAUUACUCUGUAUAAAAAUAAAUCUGUGCCUCUGCUGAGUUGGUGUGAAAUGUAACCUGCUGACCUCAUCUUACAUAUUUACAGAACAGAUUGAUUCAGUGUUUUGGUUUGUUUGUUCUGGUGAUGGUUCUAAUUCCUUCAUGAGAGUUAAAAAUUAUUAAACCUGCAGUGAAAAGCGAGUUUUCAUAUAAUGGUGUAUUAGGGCCUCUGCACAUAAACAAAAACAAAAAAGAAUAAAUUCUGCCAGGAAAAAAAAAAAAA